AUGACUGCCACCAUAGACUCCAAGACUCUCACGCAGUAUCUAGCCGACAAUCCCCCAACCAUUGUCCCGCUAGGCAUCAAACCCCACUUCGAAGCCUUGUCCGACAAGGAGAAGCUCUAUGCUCACCACAUCUCCGUAGCCUGCUUCGCCGGUACCCGCAUCGUCCUCCGCCAGAUCUCGCCCGAAUCGGAACCCAUCUACGACUUCAUAGUCGCGCUGCACAAACACUGCAAUGGCGACUACGCGGCGGCUGUGAAGGAAGCCGGGCUAUCUCAGGAUGAGCUCGAUGCGUAUCUCAAUUAUGCCGCGCAGUUUCUAGGCAACCUGGGCAACUACAAAUCCUUCGGCGAUUCCAAGUUCGUGCCGCGGCUCGAGCCACGCCAGCUGAAGGCGCUAGCGACUGUGUCGAAGAGGACGCUGGAGCUAUAUGAGCAGUUCCAGGAUGCGAUAUAUGCUGGGAAUGAUGUGGCGAAGCUGCAUUUGGGAUACCCCAGCGAAGGUCAUAUCUCGACUUACUAUCCCGAUAGUCCUUCGAUCACGAAAGAGGAGAUUACGGGUGUUAGCGAUUUCUUGGAGGGCAAGAAAUUGCUGCCAGAGAACACCAGGAUCAGGAAGACAGAUGAGGGCUUCGAGGUCCUGAUCGCAAGCGCUCUAGACAAUCCCUCUCCCGAGCAGCGAGACCUGAGGGAGAGCGAAUGGACGCUGGAUGACGGCAAGAAGAUCAAGCUCGUAUUUGGUGACUAUACCAAUGAGAUGGACACUAUCGCGAAGCACAUGGAGAAGGCUAAGGAGUACGCGGCGAACGAUACUGAGGCCAAGAUGUGCGACGAGUACGUGAAGAGCUUUAGAACUGGUUCACUGGAGGCCUUCAAGGAGAGCCAGCGGUACUGGAUUAAGGAUAAGGGUCCGGAAGUUGAAACCGACAUCGGCUUCAUCGAGACCUAUCGUGACCCGCACGGCAUCCGUGGCGAAUGGGAAGGCUUCGUGGCGAUGGUCAACAAGGAGCGAACGAGGGCGUUUAGUAAGCUUGUGGAGUCGGCGCCCAAGCUAAUUCCGCUACUACCAUGGGAUUCAGCCUUCGAGAAAGACAAGUUCCUGAGUCCUGAUUUUACAUCACUGGAGGUCCUGACCUUCGCAGGCAGCGGCAUUCCAGCCGGUAUCAACAUCCCCAAUUACGAUGACAUCCGGCAGAACCUUGGCUUCAAGAACGUGUCUCUUGGAAACGUGCUCUCAGCGAAAGCUCCCAACGAGCCCAUUCCCUUCAUCAAAGAAUCCGAUCUAGAAAUUUUCCAGAAGUAUCGCGAUCCAGCGUUCGAAGUCCAGGUCGGUCUCCAUGAACUUCUCGGCCACGGCUGUGGGAAGCUUUUGCAAGAAACCUCACCUGGCGAAUUCAACUUCGACAUCGACAACCCGCCAAUUUCCCCCGUGACCCACAAGCCUGUAACAACUUACUACAAGCCCGGCCAGACAUGGGGCUCCGUGUUCGGCUCCAUGGCCGGCUCAUAUGAAGAGUGCCGCGCAGAGUGCGUGGCAAUGGCUCUAGCCUGCGAGUUCCCCAUCCUCGAGCUCUUCGGCUUCGGAAAUGGCCAGGAAGACAUCAACGGCGAAGCUGGUCACGUUCUCUACGCUGCAUAUCUGCAAAUGGCACGCGCCGGUGUCACAGCGCUCGAAUUCUGGGACCCCAAGUCUAGGAAGUGGGGACAAGCGCAUAUGCAGGCCAGAUUUUCUAUCUUGCGUACUUUCCUCAACGCCGGUGUCGAAUUCUGUGAGCUGGAGUUCAAGGAAGAUGACCUCUCUGACCUCACCAUCCGCUUGGAACGGUCACGCAUUUUGGAUCUGGGACGCCAGGCCGUGGAUGCGUAUCUGCAGAAGCUACACAUCUACAAGAGCACAGCAGACUUUGAUGCCGCUAAGAAGAUGUACGACGAGAUCACCACAGUGGAGCCAUUCUAUGAGAAUCGCGUGCGGCCGGCGGUACUCAAGAAGAAGACGCCGCGGAAGGUAUUCGUGCAGGCAAAUACGGUGGAGAGGGAUGGCAAGGUCGAGCUGAAGGAGUACGAGGCUAGUGCUAAGGGUAUGAUCCAGAGUUGUGCGGAGAGGGAGUAUGUGUAG